CUCCGGCACGCACACACACACACACACACAUAGCAGAGCAAUGAGCAACUGAUGAGUCGCGUCCGUGUGCAUCUUCUGUUUGAAAGCGGGACAUUUUUACACUCAGAACUGAAGAAGUGGAGCAUAAAAUAAGCAAAUCUAUUGGAGAAUGAGGAAUAUCUGACGGAAUAUUGUAAAUAUUCAAACAUUAUUAUUAUUCAUCUGCAUUGAUGGAGCUGUAAGUGAGAAUGUACUUUAUGGACUUGAAGCCCAGGGAGGAGAUUGUGGUGCGUUUGGUUCGAUCUAAACCCAUCCAGCGCGGAAAACUGUGUCGCCCGAGACGUUUCCUUCUUUACCUGCAUGAGCAACACUCAACCAGACACACACACACACACACACACACUCAACGCAGUGCCAGGGACUGCAGCCUCAGCGCGAUGAACGUUGAGUCCUGGACGGACCCCCGGGACCCGCAGCCGGACUCUCCCGAUCUCCUGAAGCCCGACAGCUUGUGCCUCGAGUCCUUCUGGACUGAAGUGGAGAACAUCCGGAGCAGCAGCGACUCCGAGCCGGACAGCAGCCGCAGGAGAGACUCCCGACAGUCCGAAGACGGCGAGCAGGACGAGCUCUGGCUGCUGGAUGCUGGUUUGUCUCCACUGGUAACGGGUGAAGAGGAGGACGAGGAUAAAGCUGUGUUGUUGUCGACUCUCACUAAGACUCAAGCAGCAGCGGUUCAGAAGCGCAUCGACUCGUACACACUCUCACUGCGCAAGAGGAACAAAACACCACCGAGACACGUCAGAGACGUCUUCACACACCCUGUCGCUCAGUCAGCAGUUCCUGAGACACGCAACAGCGAAUCUGACACGCACAGAAACAUGGACAGUGUGACAAAGACACAACGAUCAGCUGUGAGUGGGCAGGAGACUCAAGGGCUACAGAUGGAGGAGAUCUUUAUCACAGACGUGGCGUAUUGUGAACAAGCGGCCAUCUUACUGAAACAAGCCAAACUACCACAGAACAACAGCAGCCAGUGCAGGAGAGAUGAUGGGACACUGCCGAGGGUCAUCUGUCCGCAGUGCCGGUUAGGAGUGACCCGGGUCGUGGAUCUUUCCCAUCAGGACCUGAAGAAGGUCCGCCAGUUGGCGCUGAUUGACAUGACGGCGCUGUGUGACCUUCUGGAGCUCGAGGUCAAACGACACAAAACCUGCAAAAGGAAAAUCCCUGAGAGCUGUUUGUUUGGCGUUCCUCUCGCCUCAUUGGUGGAGAGCGAUCAGAAGAUCAAACCCAGCACUCAGAUCCCACUCUUCCUCCAAGCACUUCUGUCGUUUCUGGAGAAGAAGGGUCUCGAUUCUGAGGGGAUUCUGCGGGUCCCAGGCUCUCAGGCCAGAAUAAAAGUUCUGCAGCAGAAGUUGGAGAACUCGUUUUACAGCGGCUCCUUCGUCUGGGACGAGGUGAGUCCGAACGACGCCGCGGCGCUGAUGAAGAAGCUGAUCCGGGAACUGCCGGCGCCGUUGCUGACGGCCGAACACCUCAACGCCUUCAGUGCCGUCAGAGAUAUAGCAGACCUGAAGCAGAAGCUGCACAUGUUGAAUCUUCUUGUGUUGCUGCUGCCAGAACCCAACAGAAACACACUGAAGGCGCUGCUGGAGUUCCUCAGUAAGGUCGUGUGCUGUGAGCGCCAGAACCGCAUGAACCUGUGGGCCGUCUCCACCAUCAUGGCUCCCAAUCUCUUCCUGCAUAAAGCGGUUCCCAGUAAGCUGUCGUCGGGUCCGGAGAAGGGUCAGGCGGAGCGGGCGGCCCACAUCAUGCGGCUCCUCAUCCGGUACCAGGACCUGCUGUGGACGGUUCCUAACUUCUUGAUGAGUCAAGUGAGGAAACUGAACGAGAACAGCAGCCGCCGGUACCAGUUCUACGACAAGCGCAUCAAGAACCUCCUCAGGAAGAUCCACACCGACAGCAGAGACAAACCCGACAAGCACUCCAGCGAGCAGUGUCGUACUGUAAAGAUCCAGCUGGGUGACGUGAGUUCCUCGAUGGAGUUUCGUCUCGCCAUUAAUUCUCGCGCCUCAGACCUGAUGUCACAGUUUUAUAAAGAGCUGCACGCCUCCGAUAACAGCAGGGGUCUCCUGAAACGGAACGGCUCCGCCUCGCUCCCGGACUGGGCCAUCUAUGAAGUCGGUGGGAAUAUCGGUGAACAUUGUUUGGAUCCAGAGACUCAUUUGUUUGACUUGCACAACAACAACCCGAGCGGUGAGUGGAUCAUCAAACUGAGAUCGGCCAGCAGAGGGCAGUAGACACACACACACACACACACACACACUCCUCUAGGAGAGCGGAGACCUCUGACCUCUCGAGCGCUGCUGUUUCUUCAGGCAUGAGAGAGCU